AUAAUAUAUAAUUUAAAUAUUAUAUAUAAAAAAUGGAUUUUUCAUAUGAAAAAUGCCACUUAUGGAUGGGUGAGUUGCUUCCUCAUAUGGAUGACAACUAUUUGUACAAACUGUUUCUUGGACUAGGAAAACCCUUAGCUGGUCUUCGUAUAAUGAGAAAUAAUUUAACUAACGAUCCCAUGCAUGGCUUUUUGCAAUUCAAAUCCGUUAAAGACGCUCUAGACAUUCUAUAUACCCAUGAUAACAAGCCAAUUCCUAAUGAGCAGCCUGAUGUGUUGUUUUAUUUAGAUGUGGCAAACGAAAGCAUGAAGGAUACGCGUCCUUAUUUUGGCGUUUGGGUUGGCAAUUUAUUGCAUACAACUAAAACAGCUGAUAUUAAAAAGGCCUUUACAGAAAACGGUUUUCCUCCCAUUCGCGUAAUGAUCUCAAAGGAUCGAUUGGGUAUGUCAAAAGGUUAUGCAUUCAUACAGCUGAGCAGCGAAUGGGAACAGAAGACCGCUAUAUUCAAUAUGAAUAAUUACAUGGGUUUAGGCGGUUCUGCACCUUUGUUAGUUCGUGAUGCAAAAAAGAAAAAUGGUCAGCAAUAUAAUUCAGACGAUUGUUUUUCAAUAAAAAUAUUUUUUCUGAAAAUAAGAGAAUCUGAAAAAGAAAUUAAUGAAUAUUUCGAAUCUAAUUUUCCAUCUUUCCGCUUCAUAUCCUCACCGCGCUUUCCAAAUAAAAAGUCAAAGGGUUAUAGUAUUGUAAAAUUUGGAAGCGAAGAGGAUCAACUGAAAGCAAUCAAAAUGUUGAAUGGGCAGCAGAUUUUUAGUGGAGAUCAAUAUUUAAAGGUGCAGAACCUGUCAUUACAAUUUAAUGAUAAAUUCGAAAGAAAUCAUUUUGGAGGUAAUCACUUCAAGAGAUUUGGUUAUGAACUGAAAAAUGAUUCAUAUGAAGGUAGAUACUCAUCACUAGGUGGUGGCCUUUCUGAAAUUGAUAUGGAUAAUUUGGAUUUUGACUAUUUUGAUGAUAAUUUAUAUAUGGAAGUAAAAAACGAGUUAGCUAAACGCAGAACUGUAACAGAAGAUGAAAUUAUUUUAGAUGAGGGGGAAAAGAAACCUGAACAGCUUAUUAAUAGCUUUGAUGUGGAAAUGAAAAAAGGUGCAAUUAAGGGUGAAGCAGCUUUUUCAAAAGAAGAGCAACAGAAGAUGGAUAUUGGUUGUGAAGAAACUAUAAAGAAUGGAUUCAAUUCAAAGAAUGGAUACAAUACCAAAUAUGAUAUUGAAAAUAAAUUGCCUGGGAAAUAUGAUGAGACCAGCUUUUCUGAUUCCUUAAAAAAUAGUGAUACAAAAUCACUUAAAAAAGUCGGUUCUUUUGAUAUUAUUAAGAAGAACAUUAAUCGCUUUGUACCUGAAAACAUUAUUUUGGAUAAUUUAACAAAUUCCUUUGAUGUAGAUUCCUUAGAUUUAGAAACUAAAGCAUUUUUAUUAGGAAAACCUAAAGUCGAUUCAGUGGCCAUGGAACUUAAAGAUGCAGAUGGAACUGAAGUCGUUGAUAUCAGCAUCGUUUCAAAGUUUUUUAGUUUACUAAAUGCAAUCCAAAUAUUUCUUUGGAAUAUAUUCUUUACUACUUGGAAUUAAUCCAUUACAUUAUUAAUACAAAUCAUUAA